CUAUAUCUCUUAUGUGUGGUCUAUAAUGGCAAUAGCAGUAGCGGAUUAAGGAGUAGGCGCAAAAAUCAACCAAUCAUAGUAGAAUGUGAGAAACAAUAGUGAUAAGGUUGCAAGACACAUCGGGAAUAAGCUGAUUUUCUGGUAAUAGGGCGUAAAGUAUGUCCGUAAGUGAAUGGUUGAAAUCCAUUUCCUACGUUUUACUUUAUAUAAAAUCAUCGGGCACAUUUCGUAUGAGGAGACGAAUACACCGUCGGCCUAAUUUUAGAAUCCGUCGCAUUCACGUCUUUGUACGAGAAAGUAGAGCUCGCGGAUGUUUCGUAUUAAACGCACAGUCGAUCAGUCUCAAUAACAAUUAGCGGGAAUGUCUCUGACGAAACAAGGAAACCUUCUGCUUGACGAAUUUCGUCGUGUUGUGCACGACACUGUCUCGCAAGAGGAACCGCUCGCGACUCAAUUCGCGAGGCUAUCCGCAUCGGGUGAUAGACGAGGAAUGGUCGGGAUGCUUAUGGAAAUGUCCUAUGUGAUAAACUUGAAACCGGGCGACUCGUAUGAGGGUAAGAAUGACGCGCAGGCCGCGCAGCUGUACGAGAAGUCAUUUGGAGCGACAAUAGAGUCCGGGGAUGAGCACGCAGAGAUUAGAACCUGUAAUAUUCUCACGCAAGCACUGUUUGCGGCCAGUGCAAACGGUAGAGUGUUUCUAGAUGCGAUUUGCGAGCGCACUAGGCGUUUCUACAGUCUGCGCGCUUACGCGAGCUGCCUGCGAGACUGCGAGUGCAUGCUGGCGCUUCCUGCGAGUUUCUAUGACGACUCUGCGGAGAACGUUAAAUACUUCGUGCAGCGUAGGAAGGAAUGCCUUCAACUAGAGCGAGAGUGCUUCCGAAAGUUGGAAGCCUCGUCCUCCAGGAAACGCGGCGCCCGUGGAAGGACGUCUUCCUCCUCUUCUUCCUCCUCUUUCCGUUCUUCUUCCAGCGGCACGUCGCCCACCGUCGACGGCAAGCCGCAUAGCUGUCUUACGAGCUGCUCGGACAGCGUUGAGUUGCAGGUCGAUGAGGUCAGGGGCCGACACCUCGUGGCUACAAAAGACAUCAGACCGGGGACUAUACUCAUUGUCGAUCGGCCGUUUUCCUUUAGCACGGACGCAUCGGAUCUCGGCAGGAAUUGUUUGCAUUGCCAUGCCACACUUAAACUAGAAGACAGCGUUAGAAUCCCAUGCCGCAAUUGCCAAACAGUGGCCUUUUGCACGGAGGUAUGUCGCAAGAAAGCGUGGGAGACGUAUCACCAAUACGAGUGUUCGGUAUUUAAUUACUUCUUCAAAAAUUCGUUGAACAACGAACGUCAACAAUCGUCUUAUCUCCUGCUAGCUUAUCGCACAACGGUUAUACAAGCGUUAUCGCUACGAAACAGAACAGAAACGACGUGCGUUUUGAAUCCUGAUUUCCUACGAUAUCAUGCUAGUGGUAACGCAAAAGAUAAAGAUAACGAUAUUAGCAAGGAGUGCGCGGACUUGGGAUCAAAGAGGACGUACAGUCCUCUCGAUUAUCGAACGGUAUUUCAACUAGAGACUCACUGCGCUGAUGUGGAACCUCACGUAAAUCUUAUUCGUACCAUUGAGGCAAUUUUUCUUGCGAAAUGCUUGAUCUCAGUACUGAACAAACUGGACGUCGUUUGCACAACGGAAACGAUCAUUUUGUUAGCUGUCGCUAUGUUGCAUCAUUUGCAGGCGAUUAACUGCAACGCAUAUGAAAUUAUCGAGAAUGUUCACGACGAGGCAACGCGCGUCUGGGAUCCCAGGAAUAUUGGUGCUGCGAUUUACAGCACGGUCAGUCUCGUGAACCAUAGCUGUUAUCCCAACGUGGUUCGCCACUCUUAUCCAAAUGGAAUAGUCGUGGUUAGAGCUCUGCGCUUCAUCAGCAAAGGAUGCGAGAUAUUAGAUUGUUAUGGACCUCAUUUUCUUAGCGAAAGCAAAUUGAACAGACGUGAGUUCUUGUGGAAGAAAUAUCGAUUCCUGUGCGGAUGCGAUGCCUGCAAACAGAAUUGGAAAUUUCCGCUACCAGAAAUAAUGAAUUAUAAGUGCACGGCGUGUUCGGAACCAAUAGAUCUCUCGAUAAUAGAUGCAACGAAUCAGCGGUGUGCCAAAUGCGAGAAAACUAUUGAUUUAAAGAAAAUCGAGAAGCAACUUUGUAAAUCGAUUCAAAAGAGACUGAGUGCCAUCGCGAAAAUGUAUCAGGGGAAUUAUAAUGACGCGAUGCCUCUGCUAUUCGAGCACGCGGACUUUGUCAACAAACACUUGACUGAACCGAAUAUCGAAGGUAUCAAAACAGAACAAUGUAUCAUCCAGUGUUACAAUUCUCUUGGCUCUAUUUCCGUCUAAUACUCCCUUAGUUG